AUGGAGCUUCAACCACGUGUUGAGCCAACUGUAAAAUCCAUUUUUCGACCAUUACAAUCCAAAAAUGUAAUUCAGCCAGAAAAUGUUGAAUUAACUGUUCAAAACCUGCCUCAGUCGACUACACAAACUCAGCUUAAAAUAGAAUUUCCUACAGCAGUAUCUAUAAAAUUAAAAACUGAUAUAUGGGAUGUACAGAAAAAGUUAUGUUUGCUAAAAUUUCAAUGUUCAGAAGAUCUCGAAGAUGUAUUUGAAGAUCGUCAUCAUAAAUUAAUAGGAGGUCAGACUAUUAAAGCUAUAAUUGGUGUUCAAUCAACUCUUCAUUAUGAAUCCUGUGUUGAUGAUACACAAGAUAUUCAUGGGGUCGAACUUGUUAGAGUACUAUCAAAUAUUGACGAUGAUAAAAUUCGUAAACAAUUUCCUGAAAAUGCUAUUGUUGAUUAUUAUUCAAUACCUAAUAAUGAUUCAGUCACUAGAAAUGUGUUUAUUCGUUUCAUAAAACAAGGAUUCAAUUGGCCAUUUAUUAUGAUGUUAAAGAACAAUGUAUUUUGUGGAUUUCCAUGGAGUGAGUAA